UAACCGUGCAGAACCUGAGCUUAAAUCCGCACCCUGCUUUACUUUAUCGCAUUCAUUGAAUUUUCCCCGUCUCAGAGCAGCAGCAGCGAGCGUUUACAGCAAUGGCCAAUUACAUUCACGUCCCAGAAGGCGCGCCUGUGGUUCCCAAAUUAGACGUGACUCUAGAUGAGCACGAUUACAGAGCCGGAGCCUUGAAACUCAUCAAGACGCUGAGACCCCACUGGAAACCCUCCGAGGUCAAAAUGAAGUUUUUCACUGACGGUAUCACAAACAAGUUGAUUGGCUGUUACGUCGGCGGGUCCAUGCAGGAUGUCGUCCUGGUUCGGGUCUACGGGAACAAGACAGAACUGUUCGUGGACCGUGAGAACGAAGUGAAGAGCUUUCGCGUCCUGCAGGCGCACCGAUGCGCCCCGCGCCUCUACUGCACCUUCAACAACGGCCUGUGCUAUGAGUUCCUGCAGGGAGUGGCUCUGGAGCCCGAGCACAUCCGCAGCCCUGCCAUGUUCAGGCACAUUGCGAGGCAAAUGGCAAAGUACCAUGCCAUACAUGCCCACAACGGCUGGGUGCCCCAAUCAGACCUCUGGCUGAAGAUGAGCAAGUUCUUUUCUCUUGUUCCUACACACUUUGAAGACCCUGAGAAGGACCAGAGGCUGAGCAGUGAGGUGCCCAGUGCGGCGUGUCUUAGAGAGGAGAUGAUCUGGCUUCAGCAGAACCUUUCUAAACUGGGUUCCCCAGUCGUUCUUUGUCACAACGAUCUGCUCUGUAAGAACAUCAUCUACAACCAACAGGAAGGAAAUGUCAAAUUCAUUGACUACGAAUAUGCUGGGUACAAUUAUCAAGCUUUUGACAUUGGGAAUCACUUCAAUGAAUUUGCAGGUCUGAAUGAGGUGGACUACACCCUGUAUCCUGGACGAGAGCUCCAGUUGCAGUGGCUCCGGGCCUAUCUGGAGGCCUACAAGGAGUAUAAAUCACAAGGCACACAGGUCUCCAACACUGAAGUGGAGGUGCUGUACGUGCAAGUCAACCGCUUCGCCUUGGCAUCUCAUUUCUUUUGGGGUCUGUGGGCAUUAAUCCAAGCUCAGUACUCCACCAUUGACUUCGACUUCUUGGGAUAUGCAGUUCUCCGUUUCAGCCAGUACUUCAAGAUGAAACCAGAGGUGACGUCACUGCACCUUCCAGAAUAAUCUCUCAGGUCACGGCUAGCGCUACCCAAGCGAAGGGCUCCCCCUGGUGGACACAAGAACUAUCUGGAGACCUCUUCAGUUUGUAGACUGAACACUGCACUUACUUGUCUGAACACAUCAUUUUAGAUAAGCCCCGAAUCAUCUCUGAACUCAAAGUUGGUUUAGCGUCAUAGAAAACCAAGCACCUAGCGCCCUCCUCCUCACAUUUAUGUGGCGGUCGAGAGAGAGAGAGCGUCACCCCAGUGCCCUAGUUCAUUUUCAGUGAUUUUGCCAAUUGAGGAAGCAAACAACUCGCACUUAGAUGGCUUACUCCGGAGCCUCGACUUGCCAAUGUAUGUGAAGAGCAAGCCCAGGAGAGUCUCAAAUAAAGAAAAGCUCCCCAGAUAAUGGUCCUCAAAGGACAGGGAACCUCCGACAACAACAAUUAUUAUGAAAAGUCAGAGAGGAGGGCCGCUGGGUCCGCUUUCAGCGACUAACUAUCACCCUAAAGGUCAUUCCUGCUUGUUUACACAACUUCUAAUGGGAGAAAUCAGUGUACUGUAAGAUUUACUGUAUGGAGAGUCACUGAUUCUGUCUAAAACGGGGAACUUCGGGCCUGUCUGUUCCUACGAGGGUUGUUCCUGGCACAGCUGCGAUAAGAUGUGUAAUUCAGGGACCAAUAGAAGCUUCGUUGUUCGUUUCUGGCAGACGAUUCCUCCCCCCGUCUUGUCACUGUGAACCACUGUAUAGCGCAUUCAUAAAGUUUCUCAUUGUUUUCUCAGCGUGGUGCUUGGAGAAAGUAGACGCACAGUAGCCGUGGCUACAACGAGCCGGUAGCUAAUCUAAAAGCCCACACCAAAGUGCUGAUAUUUUUUGCUUGUACAUUAUGCACAGUGUAUAUUUCCACAUUAGUGGUAAGAUUUACAUUUCGAACGGUGGUUUUUGUACUUAUUUAAAUGGCGAUGAGAGCUCGCUCUUUUUUAAAGAGCUCGCUCUUUUUGGGAGGUAGCGGUGAACUUUUUCUAACGGAUGUAUUUCCUGGAAGCCUUAACGAUGGUAUCGCCUGCUGGACGCACUAAAGCUUUUGUAUUCGUUCUCCCCGUCCGCAUAGCUAAACGACAGGCCUUUUUGCACAAACUGACUGCUUUAAGAACAAAACCAGUCCUCACUUCACUUUGCGAUGGGCCGCUCUUUCUGCGUAAGAAAUUAAGACUAGUUUUAACUGCACAUGGUGGGAGAUUAUGGUAAUUCUUUAUUUUGCAUGGUCCCUGUUACUAAAUUGAACUGCUGUAGUAAAAACCAGUAGUACCAUUACUCAGAACCAAGGUCAGAAAUUAAUCUGGACUUGGGGUCAAAAAUUCCCUAGAAAUUUGAAAUAUAAAGGCAAAUAAUGUCUUUGUGGUAAAUUAUAUAUAUAUAUGUAUUUUAUCUGUUACACCACUGUUCAGAAGUUUGGAGUCAAUGAGAUUUUUAUUUAUUUUAGAAAGAAAUUAAUACAUUUUUUACAUUUUUAUUCACAGUUUCCACAAAAAUAUUAAGUAUCACAACUGGUAAUAAUAAGUGUUUUUUGAGCACCAAGAUUUCUGAAGGAUCAUGUGACACUGAAGACUAGAGUAAUGAUGCUGAAAAUUCAGCUUUGCAUUUUAAACAUUUUUAAAACACAUUGGAAUUACAGUUGCUAUAAUCUUUCUGACCCCAAACGUUUGAACAUUUGUGACCCUGGACCACAAAACCAGUCAUAAGGGUCAUUUUUUUUUUAAAUAAAUAAGGUUUCCCAUUGAUGUAUGGUUUGUUAGAAUAGGACAAUAUUUCACAGAGAAACAAUUAUUUAAAAAGAAUCUGAGGGUGCGAAAAUAUCAAAAUAUUGAGAAAAUUGCAUUUAAAAUUGUCCAAGUUCUCAGCAGUGCAUAUUACUAAUCAAAAAUUAAGUUUUGAUAAAUUUACGGUAGGAAAUUUACAGAAUAUAUUUAUGGAACUUGAUCUUAAUAUCCUAAUGAUUUUUGCCAUAAAAGAAAAAUUUAUCAUUUUGACACAUACAUUAUAUUUUUGGCUAUUGCUAUAAAUAUACCUGUGCUACUUAAGGUUUUGUGGUCCAGGGUCACAUUUGAUUUCAUAAUAUUUUAGGCUGAUCUAGUUUUGUGUUUAGACACCAUAGUCACCACUUUAAUCAACUGAUUCAUUUAAAUUAUUUGACAAAGUAUCUUGGAGAAAAAGAAUAGCUAUCUCAAAUAUAAAAUCAAUUCCAUGUAGUUUCUGAUGCUGCUCGGUACACAUGAGCAAUGUAAUAUAAUAAGUGUGACCAAGAUAUUUUUUUCCAAGAUGUUUUCUGGUGCAAACCUUAGCUCUGAGACUUGCCUUCGCACCGCCUGGCUACCCUCAUUUACCUCAAUUUCCUGUGUCAGUUUGCCUAUACUACAAACAACCAUAUACAAUUCUGUAAAUACUAGAAACUGUGAAUUUCUGGUUGUUUUAUUGUAUUUUGACAUAUAUGCUUCUUUUUCUAUGCCAGUUCUUUUGUAACUGUCAAGCUUGCACCUUGAUGACGUUUUUGAAUGGUCAACAACCACACAGAAUGCUACAUUUUACCUUUCCUUUUUUUUUUAAAAAAAGUCAAACAUCAGAAAUGUUUAUCAAUCAUCUUAAUAGUGCUAAAAUCUCUCUCUUUUUAACAGUCUAUGAAGAUGAACUGAUUUCAUUGCACUCUUUAGCGUUUGUAUAAAACCAAAAGUGAUGGGUGGUUCCAAUUUUCAGCCAAUGAAGUGCUUCUGGUAAACAUUAAACGUAUUGGACUGCCUCAUGCAAACAUCCACUGGUGGUUUUUAGUGUAGGCGUGUAUGUACAACUGUAAACAAACUGUAAAAGAAAAUCUUUGCUUAUUAUUAAACAAUGUCUGUUGUCAAUAACUAACAGAGAUAUUCUUUUUCUAAGAAGAACUGUUAAGUAGAUUUAUUAAUAAUCCAAGGAUGAAAUCCUGAAGUGUUGCAUUGUAGAUUCUGUAUCAAAUCAUUUGAAUAGAAAUAAAAUUAAACAAAUAUUUAA